AGGUAUUCUUAUGAGUUUCUGCUGUAUUUAUGUGCAAUAGAUAUUCAGCUGAGUUCUAUUCUGAUUCUUCCUCAUCUGAAACAUAUAAUUCAAAAUCUUCUGAAGAAGAAGUCACAAAAAUAAUUCAAAAAUGUGAUCGUUCAUACCCAAUACGCUGGGAUCAACUUCCGCCAAGAGAUGUUAAAAGUCAAAAUGAUGUGUGUUUUUCAUUCAAAUCUUUUUGUGAAAGCUUGCAACCUCUAUAUUGGUUGAAAAACUAUUCUACGAGCCAUACUGUGGAGUGCACUAAAAAUUCGUGGUUAUCACUGAAGGGACUAAUCGACGAUAGAUAUGAAUUGACAGAGUACCAAAUAAUACGUGAGGUUAUUUGGGUGCUACUUGGAGCUAAAAAGUCGUUUGUAUCACAGAUGGCAAAACGUGGAACGACAGAAAUUGAUUUCAAAUCCCGCCUCGUAUGUGUCAAUCACUUGUCUUUCAAUGCACUUGACUCCCUGCUACGGAAGUUUGCAAGCUGGAAUGAACAUAUAUCGUUCCUUAGAUUUACAGUUCAGUUUGUAGUUAGAGAAGUGGACUUCAUUUCACAGCCAUGUGCCUUCUCGUUUGCUGAUUGCCUCAAUGUAUUUUUAUCUCAACUUGAUGAGUUCUUAAACAAACUGGAAGGUAUGAGUCGUGGUUGUGGUACUUUUACUCUGCUCAGUCUUUGUCAGUGCCUGACUCCUUGGUUUUAUCGUGUAAAAGUAAUAUCAAAGAUUGUAAGAGACGUCACCAAUGGCAACAUGAUGAAUUUACAAGAUGCACGUACUAUCGCGAAACUGCUGGAUAUAUUAUAUUGUUCUGCAAAUUUCAUAGAAGACUGCGGGUGUGAUCAUUAUGUAGUAUGUAUGCUUCGUUCUGCAUUUAUUUAUACUUUCCAUCCCUUACUUUAUUCAUUGGUCCACUUGCUAUCAGGAUCCGCAUCGUAUACUGAUUCAUUUGUCAAAUUGUUUGUUGAUAUUGAUUGUAAUAUACCUCCUAAUGAUCCCGAAUUCUGGUGUUCUGCAAUGAAGCCAAAGAUCAACGAACUUGGUACACCUGAUGUACCACAGAUGUUUAUUCCUGUCUUUGAUAAAAUAGUUGAGGGACUUAAAGCUCUGUUCUUGCUCAUCUCAAUCUGUGAAAAGAUCCGAGAUUAUUCUUUGCUGGAAAAGGUUGCCGUGGAUCCUUCUCGAGUGUACAAAACUUUCCCUCCGAUUUAUUCUGAUUUCUUAUCAGGAAAACAGAAGCUACGUUUUGAUUUUGAGUCACAUGAACGUCCCGUUAGACAACAGACGUGUUUCUUCGACAGAUCUUGUGAUAGUAUAAAGUCCCUCAAGUCAGACUUAGAGAGCUUUGUUCAUGAACAAAUAGCGUCGAUCAACCAGCAAUUGUUAAAAAUUUUAAUUGUUCCUCAUCCUAUUUCGAAUUCUUUACGAGGUAUUGGAGGUUGUUUUGCUACAGCAGGAGCAGUUUACCUUUUUGGUUCUGGCGACACUAUGAAUGACUUUGCACGUCAAGUAUUUGAGGAUUUUCGCUCUCGAGCAAGUGGGAAGGUCUGCAGUUUUGAACUCACAGCUAGCCUUCAAGGAUAUUUAACAGAUUCAUCUAAAACUUGCCAGGGAUGGCCUGCGUUUCGGCAUAUUGAGUCAUCUUUCCUUACAUUCAGUUUUCAGAAUGCAGAUUCCUUGUCGCACAGUUUGUCCGAGAAAUUGGGUCUUGAUUUAAUCAAGGACUUAACACUUAAUUACAGCAUAGAUUGGCCAGCAAAUGUUAUUCUGGAUGAAAACAGUGUGGCAGUUUACAACGGUGUAUUCCUUUUUCUAUUUCAGAUAAAAUAUGUCAAAUGGAGUCUGGAAAACUUACGUUUCAAUAAUUUGAGAAGAGGAAAUCUGAAAUACUCCCCUGUCAGUCACAGUCUUAUCAUACUGCGCAUUAAAAUGUUAUUCAUAUUUACAAGUUUACACGAUUUCUUGGUGCACAGAGUCGAGACGCUUAGGAUCCGAUUUUCGUCUAAAUGGUGUCUUCCCGACUUUUCAGCUCCUAACCCAGUUAAUAUCACCAUUCCGGAAACAUACCGUUUUUCUGAUCUUAUUCAAGACCACAACAAAUUACUGAGUGAAUUACAGGCUGUUUGUUUAUUAACCGAAUCUUCUUCGUUACUUCGUAACGAGAUUUAUAAUCUUUGUAAUAUGGGUCUUCAACUACAAGACUUAUGGAUAGGUAACCUUUUAUACUUAAACUCUGAUAGUUCCACUUUUAAAGUAAAAGUGGAUAUACUUUCUAAUGAAUUUGAUAGUCAUGUUAAAUUCCUCUCUACAAUGUUAACACGCUCAAUACGUUUGAGUAAUGCUAAACAACUUUUGUAUCUUUCAAGUUGUUUCCAGAUUGCCGCUUCAUUUUCUUCAGAUAUUUUCACUUCAAAAUCAUAUUUACUUUCAGGUUAUAAAAUGACUUCACCGAUUAAACCUAUCGACAACUUUUUGGUCUCCUCUACACCGCAUCCUCUUCAGAUCAAGAGUAAAAGUGAUGUUAAACGGAGUGAAUUGAAGUCUGUUAAUCUUACACAUGAUUUGAAGACUGACGGUACAACGUUAACUCAAGAUAUGGAUAUAUUUCAAUUUAAAGUUAAAGGUCAAGAGAAUGAAAGCUGUAUGACAAAUCUAGAAGAUAUUCGAUGCUUGGAUUGGACGUCUAAACGUGCCAGUUAUCUAUUUGACUUGCUAACUAGGCCUCCUUUGCUUUUUUCACCCAGUAUGGGAAUUAGUCUUUCAUUCAAAAAGGAUUCACAAAGUGGUUUACAAAUUUUACCUUUAAACAAGCGUAAUCGUCCAAUUAAUCCUGAUCCAUGUCUACUAUCCAUUGAUGGUCUUUUAGACUGUCUUUUUGUCACAAAUUCAUUGGUUGAUCAAAUAUAUCACGAUUGUAUGGAUAAUGCGGACGAUCGGGGAUCAGAUGACUAUGAACAGUCACCCACUAUCUUGGCUGCAAAAUUCUUUCGCAGAAGAGUAAAACCCAUCAUCUCACGAUUGUCAGAACUUCGUCUUAAAUUAUCAGACUUUAAACUUGGUGCAUGUGUUGGGAGGGGAGCUUGUGGCAUAGUCCGUGUAGUGCGUGAAGUAUCACCGCCUCAUUCUGUAUAUGCAAUGAAAUCACAAUUUAAAGGAGCCUGGUUACACCACGAUCCGGAGGGAUCUCAAAUACUACUUGAAAGAACUGUAUUAGCUCAAGCAACUGCCAUUGGAAAUCCAUGGCUUCCACAUUUACAUUAUGCAUUUCAAGAUGAAAAGUAUUUACAUCUUGUUAUGGAUUAUGAACCUGGUGGUGACUUAUAUAUAUUUUUAAGCAAAGUUGGUCAUUUGUUGGAUUCAAAGAUGGUACAGUUUUAUGCUGCUGAAGCCGUAGAAGCUAUUCAUUCUCUACAUCAAAUGGGUUACAUUCACUGUGAUUUAAAGCCUGAAAAUUUUGCAAUUGAAAGAAGUGGACACUUGAAAUUAAUUGAUUUCGGUUCAGCUAUCAGACUUGAUGCAGAUGGGAAGUGUAUCUGUCCUACAAUGGUUGGAACAAAAGAAUACUUGAAUAUUGAAUUAUUAAGACAACGUGGACGCCAUAACCAAGAACCAUUACUUGUCGGUCCAGAAUUUGAUUAUUGGGCUAUUGGUGUAUUAUUAUAUGAAUUAUUCUAUGGUCAAACACCAUUCUAUGAUGAAGAUGAUGAUAAAAUGAUGCAAAAGAUUAUGGAUUAUCGGAAAACACUGAAAUUUCCACCAUCCUCUGAGAUAACAGACUCAGCAAUUGAUUUGAUUAAAUCAUUGAUUGUUAGCCCAUCGAAACGGUUAACUUAUGAAGAUGUUGUUAUGCAUCCAUUUUUCAAAGAUGUUGACUUUGCAGGAUUAAGAGAAGUUACACCUCCAUACUUACCUCCAGUUGGAGAACUUGAUGAUGUUUCGAAUUUCUCUGGUGGUGGUUCACGUACCCGUGAUGAAGCUAUACUGGAUGUUUCUACAAACAAAACCUUUUCUCCUGUUCGUUUCACUAAGUCAUCCGUCCACGAUGGAUGUGCUACACAGUGUGCAACUUUAGACAAUUAUGAUAAUGAAGGCGAUGAGACUGUGUUAGACAGACGUGCAAUCAAGAAUAUUCCAGAUGAUGAAAAUCAAGAGAAUAUUAAUCCAGAGAAACCCAUACGAUCUACAGAAGAUGCAAAAAGACAAGCGAUUCAAGAAGCUGCAGCUGUACCUAUAAAUGAGGAAAUUGAAGAGAUUGAGGAUAUUGAAUGGCAAGGUUCUGAAUGUGUCAGAGAUUUGCCAUUCCUAGGAUAUACAUAUACACCUGGAUUAGUGUUAUUUGGCAAUCUUACCAAAAAGCAGACUCCUCUUUCUACAGCUGCUGCCAAUGUUGGGACCUCGUUCGUUGUUAAUCUCAGUACACCUCAUAAAUUUGCGUUAACUGGUCGUCGGGAUUCAUUAGCCACAUCAUUGAAGCAUAGUAUUAUCAAUUCAGAAGGCGGUCAGUCUAACGAUACAGAAAAGAAAAAUGAUAAUGAAAUUGUCAGUCUAUCAGAACUGCAACAACGUAAUCAACAACUGUGUGAACAGAUUGAACAAUUACGACUACAAAACAAGGAAUCUGAGGAUUUACGUCAACGACUCGUUAGUGCCUUUGAUAACGGUCAUGUUCUGAAAGAAAUUAAUGAAGCUGUCCGCGUUCUUUCUGAUACAGUUGUAGAAAAAGAAAGAUCUACUGUUGACCAGUUAAAUUCUCGAAUAAAACAACUUCAUGAAGAAAAUCUUCGACUAACUGCAUCACUACAGAAGUGUCAACAAGCACAAAGUGUAGUAGAUCAAGUACAACAGGCUGUGUCUCGUCUUUCCAACUUGCCGAGUAAUUUUGCUGAAGCAGAUUUAUUGGAUUUAUUAACAGCACUAUGCCCGUCAACUGUUUACACCACGACAAAUGAUACAUCAACAGAUGCUUCAUUUUUAAAUAUACAUUCAUCGUCUUCUUCAAAUUCAUCAUCAGAUAAUCUUAUCGGUUAUGAAAUAGUUCAUCGUCUUAUUAAUUUUGCUGUAAAACAAUUCAAGCAUGCUUCUAAUCGAGCCAAUCAGUCAUGUUAUACUCUAGAAUCAACAAAUGCUGAAUUGAAAAAAGCUCUAGAGGAAUCAAAACAACAGGUUAAUCAACUCGUAGAAACAAUAGACGGGAUAAUUGCUGAUCAACGUCAAUCUCGAGAAACUGAAAAUAGUCUGAACCGUGAAAUUAAAGUAUUGAAACAAAAACUAGAAGAUGCCAAAGAUUACCAAAGAGAUUUAAAUCAAAAGUGUUUACAAUUUGAGGAUAAAUACUUUACAGUUCGUGAUAAAUUAAGAGAUGAAGAGAAGAAAAACAAGGAAAUCACGGCGAAACUUGAACAAGUGACUAGUGACUCAGCUCGGAAACAGGAGAAAUCAUCAGAAAUUCAGUCCCAAUCAAGCCAGCUUCAUUUACUAAUUGAACGUAAUCGAGAAGUUGAACGAGAACUUGUUGCUUUAGGAAAUACUUUAAAAGAAACAAUACAACAGUAUGGAGUUGAACUAACUGACAUGAGGAAACAACUAGACAGUGCUAAAACAGAAAAGGAAGAAUUGCUUGAGAUUAAAAAAGCUGAACGUCGUGAACUUGAAGAACGAGCAGAAAAAGCUGAAAGUCAACUGAAAGAACUACGUGAUCAGAUAGCAAGCAUGCAAACUGAACGUAGUCGUCUUGUUGCAGUUUCAGCAGUGAAUUCUCAGCGUUUAUCAGAGGCGAACAUUAAAUUGAAGGAAGCAAAUAUGAAAAAGGAAACCCUUGAACAGGCACUUCGUGAAGCAACACUUCGACUUGAACGACUGAAUACAACACACAAUCAAACGCUUGUUCUUGAUCAAGUUAGAAAUGAACUAGAAUCAACUAGAACACAAUUGAGAACAGCUCAGACUGAGCUGAUUCACUAUAAACAAAAUGAAGAUUUAUUACGUGAACGUACAGUAAACUAUGAACGUGAAAUAUCAGACUUGAAACAAGAAUUAACACUUCUACGAUCUCGAUAUGACCAGUUACAAACAACUAUUACAGCACCUUAUGCAUCUGAAAGCUUAUCUGAGCUACAUAAUCAGGUAGCAUCAUUAACGGAUGAAAAUCAAACACUUAAAGAUGAAUUGGAUCAACAACGAACACAGGUGGAACGAUUACGACUGCACAAUACACAACUUGCUAGUCAACGUGAUGCAGCUCGUCAAGAAGCACGUGAAUCAGAAAUGGCUAUUCUACGGGCUAAAGAAUUAGGCGAAGCAUCACAACAAGCCCUACAACGUGAAAAUCAUCGUCUAUCUACUAUAACAGAACAACAAGGAAAACUGAUCAAUCAUAUGCGUGGUCUUCUACCAGCAGAAUUCAACCUUGUCCAUCGUAAUACCCUUAUUGAUGGCAGUUCAAUUCCAAUUCCAGCUUCAGAAGGUAGAAAACAACGCUCUAGAAAAACAACGCGAGUUGGUCGACCUGGUGCACCAUUGAUUUCAGUAGCUUCUGCAUUUUUCAGUAGACAUCGUAAACGUGAUACUGUAAAGCCUGAGCAUUCUAAACCUUUAGCAUCUAGUGACUUCAUAAGACAACCUAGUCGUCUACAGAAAAUGAUGAGUAAAACUCGUUUGAACUUGAAAAAGCAUGGAACUCUGCCAGGAAAGUUAGAAUAUCAUUCAGAUUCUCCUCAGUAUACACCAUCUGGUGAAGACCGUUAUGUAGAGGAGGAGUAUGAUCCACUCGGAUAUGAUAUCUAUUCAACUGAUGAGACUGAUUUUGAUGAUGGGCUUCCAUUCCCUGCUUCAUCAGGUUUUGCUGUACCUCUUCCACCUAGAGAAAGUGAUAAUGUAUCAAAUACAGGCAGUACUUCUUCUGCCCCAAGUACUGCCAGUUCUGCACCUCCCGCUUCAGUUGAUUUUAUUCGGGAUCGUUCGUGGCGCAGGAAUCGAUCAAAAGUUCAUGUUGCUUGGGCAGAUACUAGUGAUAAACAUGAGUUGCGUAAAGAACCUUCGGUCACAAAGCAUCGUGGUCAACCACGUCUUCUUAAACAAUUAAGCAAGGUAUUAGGUCGUGGUAAACCGUCAUCAACAACACCUUUUGAUCCGAAUCGACUUGAAGAUUGAAGUGUUGUUUUUCUCUCACUUCUAUCCUCUAUUUGUAUUUGUAUGUGUACUUGUGCACGUGUUUCUCCUGGGUUUUCAUUUUUGUCUACUGUUACAAUUACAGUAACAGUAAUAAUAAUAUUAUUAUUCUAUGUAUAUUUUUUCUCCCUUUGCUAAGUAAUGACAAAUGAUGAAUACCUUAUGAUAACAGAGCUGUAAGACAGACGGACGAUUAGUACAUCAUUUAUCCUGGAAGCAUUUACUUUUUAUUAUUAUCAUCAUUAU